AUGCCAACUGAAAAUAAAAAUCUUGUGAAUAACGUGAUUUACGAGUGCCAUGGGAAAUUAAAGUUGUACAUAAAAGUAAAGCAGAAAAUUACCAACCAUGGCGCAGUAAGCAAGGAAGUGGAGGAACUGGAAGAGCGUUAUAAAAAGUGUGUAAAUUCGAACCCGGCACAGUUUCGUCAAGUGCAGUAUAUGUACGAUGGUGGUGCUAAGGACGACGCCAAGUUAUUCAGCUGUGCCGACUGCUCCAACGAGGAUAAAAUGAAUAAAGACAUAUUAAAUGGCUUGUUGAGGAGUCACGGAGAAUAUGGAAGUGGCUGUGUCGUCUCAUUUAUUAGGAACGCGAACAAGUCGCACACAUGUAAAUACAACAACGAUGGGGUUAAAAGGAAUGACCCCGUUUAUAGACAUAGCCAUGUGCAAAUAAGAAACUUGGUAGAUUUUUUCUUUAAAAAAAAAAAUGAACAGAAAAGGUACUCAUUAAGAUAUGGCCUCCUGAAUUCACGAAGUUGGUACGACCUUUUACAAAAUUGUUGUGAGAAUAAAAAGUAUUACCAAAAAAUAAAAAGUUGCACUUUAAGGGGCAAUGAAAAAAACAUCAAAAGUAGAAUUAAAAGUGAGAAGGAGAGGAAAUUAAAUAGCUCUUUCCAGAGUGAAUUAAAAGAAUUCAGAGAAAAAACAACCCCAGUAGAAUUUUCAGACCCGCAAAAGUUAAAGGAUAUACUCGACUUUGCAGCAAAAGAGAGGAAAUCCUUCCGGAGUGAUGCUAUAAAAAAGGGAGAACAUUUCUUCUGUACAUUAAUCAGCAUACACAUUAGCAGCGUAAAAGGGAGCGAAGCGCUAAAUAGGGAUUUUGUGAGCGAUGGUGAAAGUGACAUUGUGGGGAGGAACAACUUCUUCUUUGUUAACGUUUAUUGCGGUGGGCAGGGGAAAAAAAAAGAGACAGAAGAGGCUAAUAUUUUUGAAGAGGCUAAUAUUUUCGAAGAGGCUGAUAACGUCGAAGUGAAUAUGGCGCUCGCUCAGUUGAGCAGAUUCGUUAGACAAACCUCCACGGGGGAGGGUUCCCUGGUGAAUGUUUCAAAUUUUAACAGAGUAGCAAAAAUGAUAUGCGAAAUAUAUUGCAAUAUGGCUGACAUGCACUGGAAUGUCCACCUCAACAUGUGCAGCGAUUCUGGUAUGAAGGAAGAGGACGAACCGAUUUUCAAGUUCCUCUGCUCGGUUGAUGCCCCCUUGGAGGAAUUCCUCAAGGUGUACAUAAAUUAUGUAAAGAAAUCCCAAAUGGAAGGAGAAAAUUUGUGGAAAAAAGACGAAGAUGAAAAGGAUGAGAAACACUCAGAAAAGGAGGAAAUGCCACAAAAAUCGGAAACGCUGAAAAGGAUAGAAGAUGCCCUAUUUGGUACUAUUUCCUUGGAUGAAGAAUCCAAAUCUUAUUUAAUAAAAGAAGUGAUUAAUUUACCGGAGCAAUACAUAAACAAAUUGACCUCAUUAAACAAAACACUACAACAUAAUUAUGCCUUCUUUAAGGAAAGUGAAAAAAAAUUGCAACAUAGCAUUGCGCAAAUAGUGGAGAAGCAGAACAAAAUGAUGAAAGACUAUCAGGAGGAGGAAAAAAAAAGAAAAAAUGAAAUAAUUCAAAUUCUUGAAGAAAUAUCAUUUGUCAGCGAACAAAAUAUGCAAAUAAAAAAUGAAAUAGAAAACCAUAGAGGGUUGAAUUUCAAAUAUGCGGAAAUCGAGAAGGAUAGACAAGAGCAGCAGUUGAAGAAAUUCCAGUCAGUCGAUACUAUCCUUGACAGAGAGUUCGAAUCGUUCCUCAAGUUUAGACACGAGUCCUUAGUAAAUAGCGAGAGGGUAGGUAUAUCCAACAACAAAAGGGAAGAGCAAACUGCUGAUGAUGCUAAUUCCACUUCGCAAGCUGCUAUAAGAGAUAUCCAGAAAAAGGACGAAGAACAAUACUUGAAAAAUUUAAACGAAGCGAUGAACCAUGCGGAGAAAAUAUUUCGGGAAACUCAGGACAUGAGGAAAAAGUAUGACGAGGCCAUACGGCAGAGGGCGGAAUUGUUUUCCAUUUUAAAGGACACCGCGAUGAAGUUCAACGAAAGAGCAAAUCUUCUGAUGAACAAUUUUAAAGGCACAAAGGGUUUGAAACUGGUAACCCCCAUAGAGGACAAGUGCGUAAACUUCAUGGAAAAAUACGAGCGCCAAAGCUUAGUUAUAAAUAAUGACAUGCGCGAGUAUAAGGCUCUACUGGAGGAGCUACAGACACGCAAUUUUAAUGAGACACAGCUGCGUUGGAUUCACAAAAUGAAUUCUUUGUCCAGGCAUUUUUAG